AUGUACUCGAAGUCGGCCAUAGGACACGCGACGUCGUCCCUCGCUCACGAGCUGUUGCCCCUCGGCAUCCGGGUAAAUGGCAUCGCCCCAGGUUCGUACCCUCUGUCUUCUGGUGCGCAUUUCACGAACGAGGACUCAUGCGCAACGGGGGCACCAGGUUUGUUCCUCACAGAGAUGUCUUCACCGGGGUCCACCGACUUCAUCGGACAGUCGCACAUCGCCCCCGGGACCAAGUGGUCGUUCGAGACGCCCACCUCACAGCCGCCCCUGACACAGGGUGGGCCGCCUCAAGUUGGUGGUUCCAAUAGAGACAUGGGAUCGCUCGCGCUGUUCCUGGUCUCAAACUGGUUCGUCAACGGGGAGACCGUCCUCAUUGACGGAGGGGACAAUUGCCACGGUUGGCCAGACUUUGCUGAAGCACCCAUCAUCGUACUAAAUAAUGCUCAGUCGUAA